GGGAGGCGGGGCGGAGGCGGGGCUUGGGGCUGCUUGAGGCUCUGCUGGGUAGGUGGGUUCAGACCGAGGGGACUACGGGUCGGCGUUGGGCUCAGCGGGGCUCGAAACAAAGGACUCUCCGGUGGGGACUCGGCGCGGCACCUUCCGACGGGGGUUGAGCGGCGGGUCGCGGCGUCUCCGCCGACCGGUGCUCUCGCUGCGCGGUCUCGGGCGGCUCCUCCUCGGUUCCCCACGGCCGGCCCCGCGGUGGGGGGCCCGGCGCAGCGGCACCUGCUGCUGAGGGACCCCGCGGCCCGCCCGGGUGCUCAUGAUGGGGCUGAUUUUCGCUAAACUGUGGAGCCUCUUCUGUACCCAAGAGCACAAAGUAAUUAUAGUGGGACUGGACAAUGCAGGGAAAACCACCAUUCUUUAUCAAUUCUUAAUGAAUGAAGUGGUUCAUACUUCUCCAACUAUAGGAAGCAAUGUGGAAGAAAUAGUUGUGAAGAAUACUCAUUUUCUUAUGUGGGAUAUUGGUGGUCAAGAGUCUCUGCGGUCAUCCUGGAACACAUAUUACUCAAACACAGAGUUCAUCAUUCUUGUUGUUGACAGCAUUGACAGGGAACGACUAGCUAUUACAAAAGAAGAAUUAUACAGAAUGUUGGCUCAUGAGGAUUUACGGAAGGCUGCAGUUCUUAUCUUUGCAAAUAAACAGGAUAUGAAAGGGUGUAUGACAGCAGCUGAAAUCUCUAAAUACCUCACCCUUAGCUCAAUUAAAGAUCAUCCAUGGCACAUUCAGUCCUGCUGUGCUUUAACAGGAGAAGGGUUAUGCCAAGGUCUAGAGUGGAUGACCUCCCGGAUUGGAGUGAGAUAACUUUUUUGCUUGAAAGAGACUGCUCUAUUUAUUCUAUGACAUGAACAUUUUUUCCUAGUACCUUUGGCUGCUAAGGCAGCAGCAUGUUUAAUUUAUAACAACACAAACCUCUAUGAGCAACACUUGAAUCAAGUGCAGCUGAACUGGAACAUAAAAGAUUUUUUCUUAACUUUUUUUUAAUGCACUAAUCUUCAUUUGGUUGAACAUAAUAAUGUAUAACCAUGUUUUCAGCAACAGACUUCUGUUUAUUCUAAUUAUUCAGUGACUGCCUUGUAAGAAAUGUUUGUCAUGUGUGUAAUGUUUUCUGAAAUGUUGUUAUAACCUUAAUGACCAAUUGCUUUCACUUCUUGACCACCACUUCCUUCCGACCAGAGAAUUACUGGUUUGAUAGAGUAGUCGUGGAAAUCAUCAGGUACUGCUUGCAGACUUUUCCAGCAUUAAACUUUUGUUUCCCCUGUAAACCUUUAUCUGUGGACAGAACUUAUUAUCAAGAAAGAAAUCUGCCUAGAGGAUAUAUAUAUAUAUAAGGAAGAUUAAACAUCAUGAGUAUUUGCCUUUAAACUUCUUUCACAUUAUUGCAAAUCAUGGAAUAAUUUUAAAGUUGCUAUUAGCAUGAAGAGUAAGUAAACUGUUUAUCUAAAGGAAUUAAGUUCACUCUUCUGCUUAAAACAUUUGGUCAAAACUAAUAAGGUAAAAUAUAUAUUUGAAAGUCCAGCUUUGUUGUUAAAUAUUUUGGAAUAAAUCUGGUAUUUUAAGACUGUCACAUUACUGGAUGCAUAUACAACUAUCAGAAGUUAUUAAAGCAUACCAGAACUAAAAAUAAAAUAAGACACUUGGAAUAUAUUUUAGUAUCAGUUUAAAAACAGCUUUAUCAUCAGCUAAAAUUUCAGCUAUUCUUUUUGCAAGAGGCAUCACAUCUGAUUUGGGCAGUAGCUAAAGCCAAAAUUUGAACUGUUCAUUUUCUUUCUUAAAAUUGGAAAUUGAGUCUGUCAUGGCAUUUUUUCACCAGCAGUAUAUUACUUAGAAAACCAUGUGGCUGUCCUUGAAUCCGUUUGAAGGUGUUGUGUAACAGACUUGAAACAAUUUCCAUCUUUGUAGUUAUGCCUCAAGUUUUACAGCCUUCUAGGAAACUGCUGAGUUUAAUCCCAGCUUUUAGAAUAUUAUUACAAGACUCAAAGUUAUUACUUUUUACAACUUAUAAAUUAAAAAGAACAACCAUAAUCUAUCAAAAGUUUAUUUAUUGGAUAGCAUUAAAAAGUUUUUGAGGCAGUUGUCUAAUAUGAACAAUAAUCUAAACAGUGCAUACCUUAAAAGGGAGGACAAGUAUUGUAAUUUCAGUUCUGUUCAUUCAAAUGUGUGAUUUUGAUGCAAUGAAAAGUAUAAAACACAUACUUAGAGAAUACUUCAUUUUUGCAGUAUUUUUUAUUUGGAUCAAAAAUAAGAUUCAGUGUUCAUAUGAAUAUCAAAACCUCUAAAAAGUGGUAUUUUAAUUCAAAUAUUUUUUGUUUGUAAGUUGAUUUAAAUUUUGCUCUUUUUUUGGAUAUACUUGAUUUAUUAUAUUUAGUCAAAUUAAUUUAGUCAAAUGUUGUAACUUUUUUUUUCUGAUUUCUUUUUAGUGGUAGCACACUCUUGAACUGAAAAGUGGCCAGAGAAAAGCUUUCUAUACUUUGGAAAACAUUUAACUUUGUUUUGAACCUUUUUCUUAGUGAUUCUCUACCAAGUAGAAGAUAAGUUUAGCUUAGUUUUUAAUAUAACCCAUAAUCAAGAACAUGAGAGAAAAGCAGAUGUCAAUCACUGUGGAUGCUUUGUGGUGUGUGUGUGUGAAGAGGAGGGGUUAAGAAAAUGCCAUUUACCUAAAGCACACUUUGCCUGAAUUUCUACUUGGUUAUAUGGUUUACCAUAAACACUGAGGGUGAUUCUUGUAAGUCUGUCCUGAGAAAAAGCAUAUUUAGUACUCCUGUACAUGUUCUUGUGAAAUAAUUAUCUGCCUUCUUGUAUCUAAUAAGAUUGGCUGGCUCAGUUUUCUUCUAUCAAAUUAUAUCAUUAUUUUUUUAUAUUACCACAUCAGCAUUAUAUUGAAAGUGUUUUUAAUAGUUGAUUGUAUUUUGUCAAAAACUACUAGUAUAGAUUCAAAUUUACUAUUUAAUUUUUAAAAUACAAUUUAUUUUAUCGUCUAAAUCCUUUUAAAAGAAUAAUUUGUUAGUUUGGGAUUAGAAAUGAUUUAUGUUAACCAUGUGUUGAAGCUGAAAUCAGCAUCCAAGUAGAUUUUGAACCAAUUUGGAAAAGUUCAAUUAGGAUAUUCCAAAUAAGAUUUUAUAAGAGUAGUUUUGUAGAUUUUCAUUGAACCUUUCCUGUUACAGUAACAUGAAACUGAUUAUCCUUUACUCCAAGAGAAUGUUUUGACUCAAGCAAAUAUCUAAUACUAGAGCACUGAUUCAGACAUUCAUUGUAAAUCAACCAACUAUAAGAUACUGUGUGAUGAAAAUGUAAAUUUGUAAUUAGUGCCUUUAUUCAUGUUUUAAGAUAAGUUCUCAGUUUUGUACUAUAUCUGUUCUUUCGAAAUUGCAUUAGUUCAACAGCAGAGUAACUUGAGUUUGACCUUCCCCUUCACAUAUUGCCUAGCAGAGUUUCUAGUCAAUGAAAGGCAGGGGACCCACCCAUCCUUAGAAGAUUCUGCCUUUUAUUUUUAGUUUGAGGGUAACAAAAUUAAAUUUUAACUGAAGUAUUUUCAAUAUGUUAUACCUAAAAUGUAAAACUACCUUGGAAGUUCAAAUAUAUCUUUUCUCUUAAUUUUGUACAGGUCUUUUUCUUCAUCUUUAAACCUAUCAUUUUUAUUGAGGCCCAUAUACAAACUCUUAGAGUUAACAGGCCCUUUUAUGAGGAAAUAUACUGAAUAUUUUAUUGUUACUGUAGUUUAAUUCCUUAAAACAUGGUAUAUUAAUAUAUAUAAUGUAUUGAAAACUGAAGAUUAAAUAAUUUUUGCUUUUAUUUUCUUGUGUUACUAUGCUUUAAGGUAUAAUUACUUUUAUUCUAUAUUCAUUAGAGGAAAGAUAAUAAAUUUAAGUUUUAUUGCUCAAAACAUUUUUUCAUGGCUACCAACCCUAUAGCUGUAGUCAUUUUGAUUAAGCAUAGUUUAGCUUUCAUUAU